GGGGGUAGAUUGCGACGAGAUUUGGCCCUUUGCCCUCCCAUAACGUGCCAGGCAUAACGUUGCUUACGAUUGGUCAUUCCCGCAUACAUAUCGGGCAAAGUCUCCUACAGUGUUGGACCCCCAGUAUUGUACCUGGAAGCGCAAUCGGCUCAGGUCAGACUCUGAACCUCUCACAUGUCACGCACAGACUACCAUGGCGUUAGAAAAUGGAAGAAAUACUGUGCAACUCACUCCGGACCUUCGCUUUGGGCAACGGGAACGUCUGGCGAUCGAUGACCCAGGUAAACCAAUGAACGUUUACUACUAUCGACGCUUCUCGAUAGUCUGGGAGUUCCUCUUGAUACCCGCGACCGCAUUCGCAGCAUCGUGGUGUUCGUCAGAGAACUAUGGCACUCCACUAAUCGCAGGGCUAUGGUCGCUGGUCUCAUUCGAAAUCGUUUUCUUCGGCCUCGUCAUGCCGAUUAUGACCUGGGACAGCGAUGAGAUCGACCAGAACGGCUCCGAAGUUAAGACACGGCGGCCAAUCGUGGGCUGGGUCAGUCGAGAGCUUGUACUUGAGGCCGAGAGAUGCGUUGAUGGAUGCUACGAUGGCCGCUCGUCCAUGAGGGAUCCCCGUUUCGGCGACGGUUUUCGGUACAAGUACGCGUUGAUACGCUUAUCAGAUGCUGUUGAGCUGCUGGGAUUUGUGGGAAAGGAUAGAUGCAUGUAGCACUUGCAAACCACACGAACGUUCGGACUCCACGAGAACUUCAUCGUGGCAACGGAUGAAGGCCCCGCCUCCUUUGUGCGAACGGUGCGGUGUUUUGACCAAUGAUUGAGUUUCUCGUACAAGAAAUACUGAAGAAAAAUGUAUGGUGCCAACAGGUGAUGGCCCUGUAAGGAGCAUGCCGGAGAACGAUCACACGACUGUGACCUAGGUAUGAGGUAUGCGAUAGAAGUCUACGUAGGAUGAUCUUGCACUGGAUGGAG